ACACGCCACUAGCCACCAGGCUGAACAUGACAGAUGCCCGCCGGGUUAAAUGAUAGCCUGAGGAAAGGUGCCGAAUGGACUGCUAUUAUUGAUAGACUUCCGCAUCCUGGAUUUGGAGCUGUCAAGCCUGGUAGUCACUUGACAUAUGAAGGUUAAUAUCUAGUUGCGUCCAUUCAUCAUCCCUAACUUCAUCAGAAUGAUGGGAAUAUACCAAUCCAAAACCAACUCCAUGCAUCAGGAAAACAUAGCUGACCUCUCUGCAUACAUUCACAAUGAGAACACUCCAGUUGGGUUGGAAUGGGAUGGCAAGCAGCCAGCCGAUGGCGAUACUGCCAUGGCUCUUUUUCCCCACAAAGAAGUCGACCCGGAAGGAGCCAGAAAGCUGCUCUGGAAGAUUGACCUAAUGACCUUGCCCUAUCUCGCCACUACACUUGGCUAUGCGGCUAUCUUCGGUAUAGAAGACGACAUUCAUCUGCAUGGUACACAAUAUAGCUGGCUGUCAAGUGUAUUUUAUUUCGGAUUUCUCGCUUGGGCUUUUCCCACCAACUUUCUUCUUCAACGCUUGCCUAUCGGCAAGUAUCUGCGAGCGGAAAUGAAGCUUCAUGUGGUUUGUGAGGCUCUACCGAAAACCUAUAACAUUACUGAAUCUAUAAGGGGAGUGUUCCUCGGGGUGCCGCAGAAGCUUGUUCAGACCCUGCUUUUACGCUCAUCACCAGUUAUGGGAUUGGACAGAUCCGAGGAGCACUUCCCUCGUGAAUACGAAUUCAUUGUCAUCGGCUGUCUAUGCGCUACAUGGGGUAUUGUCAUGUUCAUUUUUCUGCCCGACUCCCCGGUUACGGCACCUUUUCUCAGCCAAAGGGAGCGUCGAAUUGCUGUCGAAAGAGUUAGAGAGAACCAGACCGGCAUCGAGAAUAAGCAGCAUAUCAAGCCGCAUCAGAUUGCGGAGGCAUUCAUGGAUUAUAAGCUCUAUUUCUUCUUCUUCUUCUUCUUCCUGGGCUUAGUCUGCAACAUUCCAAACGGAGGAAUCCCCAGCUUUGGAACCCUGAUCAUAAAAGGCUUUGGCUUCUCAACCCUAGUAAUCACACUUAUGCAGAUCCCCUACGGAGUUAUCGUUGCGCUCUCCAUUCUUAUUUGCGUAUGCCUCAACGACCGCUUUGAGAACUGGCAUUGCACAUGUUCGUCCUGAUCUUUCUCCUCCCAAACAUAUCACUGCACAUAACAGUAUUUUGCAACUAAUCCCCUUCAUCAUGCCAUCUUAAUCUAGCCCGUCAACUCAAUCAGGAAUUGCUACGGAGUACUAACUUGGUCAUUAGCACUGAACCAUCCCAAUAGCCUGGCAACAAAUCCAAAUACUACCCUAGUCGUGUAUCCGGGCUCCGUCCUUCAGAAUUGAUCCCAUAUGCACUACUACCAC